AUAUAACCUCCCCAUCCCUCAUCGCACACGUCUCGAUAAUCUCUGUCUCGAACACUACGCACACCUGCCUGUUCACCGUACACCAUGUCUGACAUCAAGGUCGAAGGUUUCAAGUCCUCCGAGAUCCUCGCCCAGCUGGCGCAGGUGUUCGAGAACUUCAGCGACGAGGAGAAGAAGCAGCAGAUCAAGAAGACGAACGGCAUCUUCGAGCUGCAGGUGAAGAACGCGGAGGGCAAGGAGGGGGUCUGGACGAUUGACCUCAAGCAGACCGGCACGGUGUACAAGGGCAAGCCCAAGUCCAAGGCUAACGUCACCCUUAUCCUCUCGGACGAGACCUUCAGCCAGCUCGCGGAGGGCAAGCUCGACGGCCAGAAGGCGUUCAUGAGCGGGAAGCUCAAGACGAAGGGCAACAUGAUGUUCGCGACCAAGCUUGACGGCGUCCUCAAGACCGCCAAGUCGAAGGCAAAGCUGUAAUACCAUCUUGUCAUCCUUGCUGUUGUUGUCGCAUUUUACCCUAUCGUAGAAUUCACUGUAUUCUGAUCAUACCCACCAAACACC